AUGGGGAGGGAACAGAGUGGAGGAAAGACCUGGAAAGACGGUGAAAGCCAACGAAAGGUUACCUUUCUCACCGAGCUUAAGCCUUUGCAACACGCAUAUUUCCUUCCCCAGCUCCCCAGUAACUCUUACAGCACCAACUACCAUCUAACAUACCCCCCGAGCGCGUUUUCAACCUCCGAGCCUGGAGUCCGAGAUAUGGAAAGUGAUACAUAUCCUCCUGGGUUUGGAGUUGGGCAGAAGAAACUGCAGGGUCGCAAAUCUGACAGUGGACCCCUAUGGCCUCCUACUCUGGCCUGCCCUUGGAGAUUAUUGAGGAGAUAA